CACUCCGCAGUCUUCGGAGACGCAGCCUCUGGUGUCGCCUGUGCGGCGGUGCGCUUCUGACGGCUCCGCUGUCCGUGGCUGCCUGUUGACAAAUUGUGGCCAUAGUUUUAACUAAUUUUGUUGAGAUGGAGCCUCCGGACUUCGAAGCGAAGAACUUCACUGUUGAGCCAGCGUCGUCCGCGUACCCGUUAUGUGAGGAAUGGAGAGAUGGCUCGGAGGGCUCCGUCUUUCAACUCGCCAACAUCUUCUUCUUCCUUGGCUUCAUGGGCGGCAGCGGCUUUUACGGGCUCCUCUACCUGUUCACCCUCCUGACUCUGGGCUUCUUGUGCUCCACCGUCUGGGCAUGGUCGGAGCCCUGUACCACGGAUCCUUUCCUGUGGAGUCUGGCCCUCUCUGGGGUGUGUUUGGGACAAGCUCUGCAUGUUGCCUACCGGCUGAGGAGCGUCGUACUCGACAAGGACUUUCAGGAGCUUUACAAUUGCAUGUUUAAAAAACUAGGAGUGUCGCUCACACAUUUUGGGAAGAUAGUGGCGUCUAGUGACGGAGAAGUCCAUACGAUAGAGAAGGACCACUGCUUCGCCAUAGAGGGAAAAACUGUAAUUGACAAGCUGUCGGUGCUCCUGUCUGGCAGAAUCCGUGUGACAAUUAAUGGAGAGUUCCUGCAUUACAUCUAUCCUUUCCAGUUUUUGGACUCACCUGAAUGGGACUCACUCAGACCGUCAGAGGAGGGUGUAUUCCAGGUGACCCUGAGUGCUGACAACCCAUGCCGAUAUGUGGCGUGGAGAAGGAAGAAACUCUACCUGCUUUUCGCUAAGCAUCGCUACAUAGCCAAGAUCUUUGCCUUGGUUGUGCGCAAUGACAUAGCAGAAAAGCUGUACUCGCUCAAUGACAAGGCUUUUGACAGAGCCGGGCACCGCUAUGAUCUCCGCUUACCAAGUUACUGUCACAUACCAGGACCGAAUUAGAAAAGACAUAUGACCUCCCACAAGUGCUAGCACAGGGUGUAAGGUUUUCCUGAACACAUUCAUACACUCUCCUAGGCCUUAAACACUUAGAGCUGACUCACUGCAUGUAGAAAUUAGUUUUGGUAAGUCAAGGUGAAAGAGUGUUAACUAAAAUCCUAUCUAAUUGUUGGCUUUAAUAGAAUUAUACACAAUACAAUGUGUGUGCGAUACCCUUAGAAAGCAAUGUUCUGAAGAAAAUUUCUGUGUCAAAGACAGAAGAGUAUCCAGCACUGAAUAGUAACAUACUGUUUGAACACCCUGACACAAUAAAAAACAUGAGUGUCAACUCACAUGA